AACAUUAGCGCAAACAUAGCAUUUGAUAUCGUGCAGCGCGUUUCGUCGCUGAUUCGUUGUUAUUAUCACUUUUUGUUUUUGUUUAUUGUGCCGUUAAAAAACGAAGCAAACAGGCAGCCAUCAGUGACGACUCAUAAGCCGCAAUAAUAAAUCUAAAAGUAUACAAGUUUGUCUCGUGAUUGCCAAAAAUUAACCGUCUAACAGAAGGACGUACGUCGUACGUGCCUCCCCUUUAAGAAUCAACCUCAACCGCCCUAACAUUAUUUGCUGUUUUUGUUUGUGCUGUUGCGCGCUGCCUGAUCCAGGAAAUUCGUUGCGUUCAGCAACGGCGGCAGAAGCAGCAGCAGCAGCAGCACCAGCACCAGCAGCAGCAGCAGGAAAAGCAAGUUGGCUCAGUGCCCCGUUGCGAAUUGACAUAUUGUGUGGUUGCGCAUUCAGUGGUAAAGUGCAGAUGCGCAGUUUGUAACGGCGCCCAUGCGCGCACAGCUGAUCGAUUAAGAAUCGAUUGUAACUAACCUAACCUAACGACAAUACAGCUUCAAAACAAAAGCACUAUCCUCUGCAUAGAUAAAAAACUAUAAAAUAAAAAUAAAACGUAUAACGAUAAAAAAAAAAAACCAAAACGCAACAAAAAAUAUGUUUCAAAUUCCACGACCAACGCGGGCAACACUGCUCGGCGCAGUCAUUGCGCUUGGCAUGGUGAUGUUAAUGUCCUGCGUGCGUCCUUUGGGUGUCCUGUUCCUGGGCCUGUUCAGCUAUUGGCUCUAUUGGACACGGUGCAGCUAUAGAGUGGUGCUCACGCCGCAGCUGCGCGAAAAGCUCGAGUCCUGGUUGCAUCGCGCCGUCGAUUGGCGCCAUAACUCGCCCAGCAUGUUCUGCUUGGUCAGCGCCGGCUGCCUGGCCACAAUCGCCGUUUUGGGCCACCUGUUAUCCGGCUCCGUGCUGGUGAUGACCCUGCUGGUCGUCUCCGCCGUCGUCUCCACCAAAUACAAUUUCAAGCUUGUACAUAUCGAGCGCAGAGAUUUCCAAUGGUCGGAGCGCAUCAACUACAAUAAUGCCGUGUCCGAGCUGGACGAUGAGUUCCUGCCGGACGUAAACGAAUCGAAUCUGUUUGUGCUGGAGCGGGCCAGCGAUGUGGCCACCAUCAGCUCACCCACCGAUGCGGACGGCCUUGGGGAUGGCGACGAUGACGAUCGAAGCGACGAUGUGCCCUCCGAGCUGCUGAUACCCGAUUGUAUACCAGAGAUCGAUGAGCAUUCGACGGACGAGGACGAUGAGCUGGUGCCCCUCUCGCAGUCCAAGCAAACUGCGGAAGCACAACAGCAACAGCAGCAACAGCAACAACAGCAAUACGAACAGAGCCGACAGGCAAUGGACAAUGGCUCAGCGGACAAGACAAUGGACUUUCGCCGGGGUCACUUCAAGCGUGACUCCUCGCUGUCCACCACCUCGUCGUCGUCGGAGGAGAGCCUGUCCAAGGGCCUGCAGUUUCCCGAUCACACCAGCGUCGACGCUGGCGGCCCCUCGCUGCGCCAGCUGCCCGCUCCGCCCACUGGCGCUGAUACUGCCAGCAGUAGCAAUCUAUUGACGUUGGCUGUCAAAACGCAAGCGCAGGCGCUGCUGCCCAGCCUCGUCUCCAACCUGGUGCAGUGGGGUGCCAGCGAGCUGGACAGCACCGCCAAGCGGCGCCAGGUGACGGCGCUGGACUCGUCCGAUGAGAGCGACUUUGAGAUACUCGAAACGGACGAUUUCAAAUAAACUGCUGUACGCGGGGCGGCGUACAGUAUUACCAACUAAUAUCUAUCUAUCUCUCUCUAUAUAUAUACAUAUAUAUGCAAUAUAUAUUGAAAGAUAUAUAUUUAUUCACAUAUUGCAUACAUACGCCUGUAGAAAUCACAGAUGCACAGAGAGAGAGAGGGAGAGAGACAGGGGGAGAGAGAGAGGGAGAGAGAGAGAGAGCGAAAGAGAGGGAACUCGGAUUUGGUGGUUCUUUCGUUGCGGGCCAAGAAUUUUGCAUGCCAUAUGAGCAGACAGUCUUUAACUUAAUCUAUGUAUAUCGUAAAUGUUGAUUAUAUAGCUCCAAUAUAGAUAUGUAUGACGUAUUUAUACAUAAAUGUAGAUUUCUUGCAUCCAUAUUUGGGUUCCCUUUCCCUUUCAUUCUCUCUGCUGUUUGUGCUCUGUAUAUUAUUAAUUAUAAUUUUUAUUGUAAUUUUUUUUUUUUUUACUUUUAAUCGUAAUUGGAUGCUUGUUUUAUUAUCAUUGUGCUUUGGAGCAGCGGUUAAGUUACUAAAGACGCAAAUUGAAAUUUUGAUUUGAGUUUCGUUUACGAUUUCUAUUAGCUGUAUGCAAAAAUGUAAAUAUAUUAAUAUUCAUACAUACAUACAUACAUACGGAUACUCAUGCAAAUGUUGAGCUACUUAAUCUAAAACCCUAAAAAAUAAAACAAAAGCGAAAAACCAAACGAAGAAUUGGACAAACACACAUACAUACAUAUUAUUCUCUAUAAACCUGAUGCGGUGCUAUAAACCAUAUUUAAAGAAAAAUAAAUAUAAAACAAAAAAUCGCUUGAAAAGAAUUCGAUAAACCUGUGUAUAAAUAAUGCUACUUACUGAUAAUUGGAAAUAAACUCAAUUUAUUUCAAUAGUCGAUGCUUUUUUAUGUUUAUCAACUCUAUUGUGACUAUUAGAAGUCUUUCUUCAUUGUAACAAAGAAAAUUCAUUAGUUUCUAAAUAAAAUACAUUAUAACACUA